UCUACCGCACAGCGCUACGAGGAAGAACGCUUCCGACCAGAUCUUGUCUUCCAAUUCUACCGCAGCGGACUUCUCACGUCAUCGUCGUCGUCGCCGCCGUCGUCGUUUCCUUUCGCCCGGGCAGCCCAGCUAAAACCCGCGGAAAAUCGAAAACGGUGCUAUGUGGCGGAGAAAAGACGAGUCGGCGAAAAACGCGACUAUGUCGACGGACAAAGGAUCAGCAAACAUCGCGAGGACCGCAGUUAGACGGUGGUCAUCGUGGAUACCGUCGUUCAACGACAGCUUCGAGAAGCUCUGCGGCUGCAAAGUGAGCGAUGUGUCGAGCUUCGAGAAGUUCACGCGGUUCCUCUACCGCCCGACCGACCCGGCCAGUUUGGGAGUGGCCAGAGCUCUGUUUGGUCUGUGCAUGGUGAUAGACGUCGUUGAAGAAAGAGGAUUCGCCAACAUCGACAUCAAAUGGGGCGACCCGUGGGAAUGUCAUUUCCCGUUGAUCCACGGAAUGAAACCACUGUCAUUGCCGUGGAUGAUAAUCCUGUACACGGUGAUGUGGAUGGGUGCCUUCGGGAUCGCGCUCGGUUGGCGCUUCAAGCUCUCGUGCGCCUGCUUCACCCUGCCUUACUGGUACAUCUUCCUGUUGGACAAGAGUUACUGGAACAAUCAUACCUACCUGUACGGCCUCGUGGCGAUCUUGUUCUGGGGCACCGGGUCGGACAAGUACCUCGCAUUGGACGCGAGCAAAGCAAGACGGCACGGCGACUGCGUGCCCUACUGGAAUUAUUUUAUCCUGAAGUUUCAGUUUUUUGCGCUUUACUUCUUGGCUGGCCUGAAAAAGUCCAGCCGGGAGUGGCUCGAAGGCUACUCCAUGACGAAUCUAUCCAGACACUGGGUCUUCUAUCCUUUCCAUUUCUUUCUGACCACCGAGCAGACGGAUUUUUUGAUCGUCCACUGGUUCGCCUUCAUCUUCGACUUGUCUGUCGGGUUUUGGAUGUUGCUCGAGAAAACACGAAUACCAGCCAUGGUAGUGUGCACAGCUUUUCACUUAAUGAACACGAGGCUAUUUAGUAUAGGGAUGUUCCCGUACGUGUGUCUAGCGACAAUGCCGCUGUUUUGCCGCACGGACUGGCCGCGUAAAUUAGGCCUUUAUUUCAUUUGGCGGCGGGAGGUUUCCGCUGCUGACGUCAAUCCGAUCCACGUGGAUAGCGCGAAAGCGAACGAUGAUCAAACGGAAGAACUCCCGAAGUCCGACAGCUCCGUGUCGUCUUCGAGUGAAAUCUUGGACGACCGAACGACACACGAAGAAAGGAAAGAGAGAAACCGAGAUUAUUUUACCGAGACGGAAUCUAAGGAAGAAAUCAACGAAGGUGACAGCGGUAACAAGCAGUUACUUGAAAAUACGAUCGAGCCUAGUGAAGAGGAAGCCGUGAACGUUCGCGAAAAAAUUCCAAGGAUUCGACGAGCAACGAAAGUUACGAAGAAGCAGAAGUUCGUGGUGUCCGUAUUGCUGUGUCACAUCGCCCUGCAAUUCUUCCUGCCGUAUUCGCAUUUUAUAUCGAAGGGUUACAACAAUUGGGUGCCAGGAUUAUAUGGUUAUUCUUGGGACAUGAUGGUCCACGCGUGGGACACCGUGCUCGUGGUCAUCAAGGUGCACGACAACGUGAACAACCAGGUUCGGUACCUGGACCCUGAAGCGUGGGCGCAGAACGACCGAUGGGUGAGACAUGCGGACAUGGCGAUGCAGUAUGCGCAAUGUAUGAAGGAUAAUCUGAUGCGUCGGAAGGAAGAAGCGUUGAGCGACAGUCGGCAUACCGAGGAGAAGCAGAUGUGGAUGAAGCUGUCUACGAAUCUCAGCAUCUACAUAGACGUGUGGUGUUCGCUGAACGGCAGAUUUCAACAGAGAGUAUUCGAUCCGUACGUCGACAUGCUGACGGUCGACUGGCAUCCCUUCAAGCCGGUCUCGUACCUGAUGCCUUUACUCAGGCAGUACAGUUCGUAUCGGUAUGAAAUGGAAAAGAUCCUCCAGCACGUGUAUACCUGGUCGAAUUACACGGACGUGUUGUUCGUGGCCGAUUUUCCCGGCAUGCAUCUGGAAAACUACAUAUCCACCGACUUUACCAACGUCUCUUUGACCGUGCUGGAGGGCGAGGUGACUUACAUCGACGAGAAUUCGCCGGACGCGAUCUCCGUACUGAAGGGUGUUUCGAUACCGGUGAAAGCGGGAAUAUUUCACCAAGUAAAGACGACAAGCUCGUAUCCAGCCUGUUACAUGUACACCUACACCAAUCAGACAGGAACACCGUCAGACAACGAAAGAAGAACGCCUCCUGCGGUUAUAAACGACGCGCUGCCGCUGUUGAAAGAAGUCAAUUAUAAAAUCAUUGCGUGGACCAGAGCGCUCUCUCACAUAACAAAUACUUUCUUUCACUUGGUAUACGACGUUCCCAUGGUUCGACGAGUACGCAUCAACAAAUAACAAGCCGUUUAAGUCUUUUCAUCGAACGAGAGGUUUUAAUACAAUUAACGAGAGGUGGAGAUUGUGUAUCUUAUCGGCGCACUCUUUAAUUUCAUUUAAUAGAAUUUCCUUCGAACCUUUCAUUUGCCUUUUAAAAAGAAUUGAAGUAUGUUAUAUUCAAUCGCCUUUAUAUAAGUUUAUGUACAUUUUAUUAAGCACCAUUCGCGAAAGAAAGCCAGAGAUAUAAGAUGAACUAUAAAACACUUUUCAAACGAUCGAUGACAUUAGCUUUAAAUAAUCGUAAAAAUACAUGCACCUAUAAAUAUAUGAACACAUGUGUAGAGCACACAUGAUACAUAUUGUUAUUACCGAUAAAUAAUAAAGCAAAAUUAUUUUUAUUAUUUUUCUAUAUUAUACUAUACAAACGUGUGAUAUGUAAAAUCUAGCGAUUCAUACAAAUCUCAUUAUGAAUCACAUUGUGAUAAGCUGUAAUCGUAACUUGUUAAUCCUAAUGGGAGAACUGCUAAUCUGACGUCCAAUUAGUUACAACGUGUGAUUCAAUAGUGAGUUAGUUUAAAAGUAAACUGUUACAUAUUUUACAUACUAUUUUGAA